CAACAAACACUACAACGACGCCUACGUUGUAGUUCCUACCCCCACGAGCGCUUAUUAGAAGUACCUUAGUACCUAAUUGUCAUUCAGCUGCACGACUGAAAGGAGACGUGCGUAUCACUACUAGAUACAUAAACGAGUGGAAGAAGGGUGUUCGUGCAGAAACACGAGAGACGUUGACCAUGACAAGCUUCACGGUCUCCUUGUUGUGUAUGGCAGGAAUUAUAGGCCUCGUUCGAGGACAGAAUGGCAUAGUUAUUGUUGGUGAGACAACAGCGAGUCUAACUGUGACGCAGAUGGCAACGACUGCACCCAGCUUACUAACGGCAGCUGAAGUCAUCGCACAAGGAGGAGGGAACACUUGCAGGUGGCGUUCUGGUAUCUUUUCCGAGUGCUCGACGACGUGCGUCGGCACACAAACUCGAGACGUCGACUGUAGCUGCACUCUGAGAGACGGUACCGUAGCACAAGCGACUGAAGACAAUUGCAUUCGUGACGAUCCCGCUCUCAAGCCGACAGUACAGCGUCAAUGCGGUGCAGAAUGCAGGACGCCCAGACCCCCUACCACCUCAGCCUCUACUACCUCGGCUCCUACUACCUCGGCUCCUACUACUCCUCCAGCUUUAGCUUGUACAUGGAGUAUUGGGCAAUACUCCGAUUGUUCGGCGACAUGUGAGGGGACACAAACUCGAGGAGUGCCUUGUCAGUGCGAGGCUGUCGGCGGCAGUGGUGACGGUACUGACGUCGUCAGACCUGACGUGACCACAGUAGCCGAUAGUGUCUGUGAGAAUGAUCUGAGUAAUCCUCUAAAGCCUAUAGAACAGCGUGAUUGCGGAGGACUAUGCCCAUCACCGUCACCGUCACCAUCACCGUCACCAUCACCAUCACCGUCACCUCCUCCCGUUUGUACUUGGAAUACAACACAAUAUGGCGACUGCUCGGCGACGUGUGAGGGUACACAGAGUCGCGACGUGUUCUGCAACUGUGCGGCAGCCGACGGAUCUCUGACAAGAACAACGGACGACGCUUGCACCGGAAUGCGACCCAACGCGAACCGCAGCUGCGGCGGGAGUUGCCCCGUUCAGCAGAUUCGAGAGUGUAAUGUAACCGAGUGUCAAGAUAGCAGCGACUGUUUCGAUACGGAGUGCUGCCUUCAAGUGCCUGUCAAGGAUGGCAAAGACUAUUCUAACGGCUCUUACUGCUUUCCUCUCGUUGAACUAAGCAAUUAUUGUGAUAUGGAAGGAAACUGGGCGUGUCCUUGUGCAGCAGGACUAGAAUGUAGCAAUGACACAAUGAUGAGGACCAAAAAAUCACAUAAAAAGAAUCCGAAACGCAUACUCUUUGUUCACCUCUCGAAAGACAAAUGUCCCCACAUCCACGACUACCGGGAGAAAUACAGAAGGUACUACACUUAUGGUACCUGCAAAGCUACGCAGGGCGCAGAGGGAGCAACUCCAGAAACGUCAACUGCACAAACAGCAACUGCAAAAACAUCAACUGCACAAGCAGCGACUCCAGUAACAGCUUCAAGAACAUGCAAUAUUUCCUCAUGUCAAGAUCAAAGUGAUUGCAUGGACGAAGAGUGCUGUCUUGAAGUGGAAUACGAAGAAUACAGAGUCCGUAAACGUUUGGCAUCAUUUUGCAUUCCGCUAGGGGAUAUGGAUGACGUUUGUGAUAUCGAAGGCAACUGGACUUGCCCUUGCAAAGAUACAUUUAACUGCACGGAGGAUCCUAACUACAGAUCUAAAGGAAAACAAGGGGGAAAAAAACAUAAACACGAACCGAAAGGAAAACACAGUGGAAAAUACAAAAAUUACGACUACAAACAUAAGGUCAAGUUGGGUAGAAACGAAGAGUGCCCAACAUUAUUAGAGCAGAAAAAGGGAGGGAAAAAACACAAAUAUUUGCCAACCUGUCAAGAGCCAUCUGAAAGAAAACGAAGAGCAAGCAGCUACAACGACGAAACAGAUGACUAUAACAGGAGACCAGUUGUGGUUGUUGUAGACUGAACUACAUCUCAACAAUGACACAAAGAGCUAGACUGUUAGCACAACAAACUAUUUUCCAUUUAUUCACCUAUUCAUUUCACUAGAGUUUUAGAAUACGGCACAAUCAUGUACAUGUAAUAUCAACCGACGCAUCAUAGUGAUCAAACAGUAACAUCAUUAACAAUUACACAAAAAGAACAUAA